CGAGCGAAAAAGAGUGCUACAGACAGCGCUGCUAUUCCCCGCGCAGUAAACGGAUACCGGUACCCAUGGCCCCCUAGGGCCUCAUCAGGAGCUAAGCAUGGACAUCCACCGGUGUCGCUUCGUGCCAUACAACCCGCAGGCGAUCAACGCGCUCGCGUUCUCACACCCACCAUCAACGGAGCUGCAAGGUCGUGGAGUCCCGACGUUGCGACUGGCGAUUGGCCGUGCCAACGGUGACAUCGAGCUCUGGAAUCCAAGUAAAGGAACUUGGUUCCAAGAGACCAUUCUGCGCGGUGGGAAGGACCGGAGCAUCGAAGGUCUUGCGUGGACGGUUGACCCGGGCGAGAAGGAUUCCGAGGGCAAUGAUCUCCCCGGUAAGCUACGGCUCUUUAGCAUCGGGUAUUCCAGCGUUGUGACGGAAUGGGACCUUGAGAAGGGUCGCCCGGCGAGACAUUCGAGCGGGAAUUAUGGCGAAAUUUGGUGUUUGGCAGCGCAGCCUAGAUGGGAAUCGAGAAACAAGAAGAAAGAUGGGAAACAGUUGCCUCCGGCGGAGGGAGAGUAUAUGGGACAGCAUCUUGCAGUGGGAUGUGCGGAUGGGGCAAUUGUAAUAUUGUCUACUGCUGAUGGGGAUCUUAAAUAUCUCCGCACGAUGAGGCCUUCGACCAAAAAGUCGCGUGUUCUUAAUAUCACCUUUCAGAACCGGAAUACCAUCGUCGCCGCCUAUGCCGAGAGCUCCAUUCGGAUAUUCGAUAUCCGCAGCGGCAAACUCCUUCGCACCGUCACUCUCGGGAAGGGACCAAACAAGGCAGUGAAAGAGCUUCUAGUCUGGUCCGUGAAAUGCUUACCCGACGGAACAAUUGUAUCGGGCGAUUCUGCUGGUGAAGUGCGUUUUUGGGACUCUAAGAAUUAUUCUUUAAUUCAACGGAUACAGAGCCAUCAGGCAGAUGUGCUUGACAUCGCUGUUAGUGCGGACGGGGAAUCGGUCGUCAGUGCUGGCGCAGAUCAACGAACGGCCGUUUACAGACUGAAGGCUCCCGAGAAAGGAGCGAAAACUAGGCGCUGGGUUGAAGUCAUGCACCGUCGAUACCAUACCCAUGACGUCAAAGCACUCGCGGUCUACGAAACGAAGGACAUCAGUGUCUUCGUCUCCGGAGGUCUGGACACCGUGCCGGUUGUGGUUCCGCUACGAAGUAUCGGAAAGGAGCUACAUAGAAAACUCCCGAGCCUUCCUCAAUCACCACCCCUAUCAUCAUCCCCUUCAUCGCGGCUGCUAAUGGGCUGGUGGGAUCGCGAAGUCAAUAUAUGGCGUGUGUCCCAGCCGUCCAAAUCGCUCGAAUCCCAACAACACCGACUCGUUGCAAAAGUUCUCUUUCAGGGUGAAGAGAAUCUAACUUCUGCGGCCCUUUCAUCCGAUGGGAAACUUCUUGUGGCAGCCUCCGUCUCGCAAAUCAAAGCUUUCUGCUUAUCUCCCAGAGAAGACGGGGACAAACCAGGCCUCCAGGUCAAUAAACUCGAGAUUCCUUUCGAGAUUUCAAAAUGGGGAGCGAAGGAGAUAGCGAUUUCGCCAGAUAGCAAAUGGCUCUGCUUUGUACGAUCAGAUAACGUUAUUUGUAUGGCCAGGAUCGACAUCGAUCCAGAAAUCCCGGGCCGUCCUCAGAUACUUCCUGGAAUAAGCAAAUUGCGUCGCGCACAGCGAAAUGUGCAGCGUGGAAAACUACACCAUGGAUCCCUUGGUGCGUACGACCGGACAAUACGGUGUAUUGCCUUCUCCAGUGACAGUAAUAUUGUGGCAUGCGGUGAUCUUGCAGGCUUUGUGGAUGCAUGGGUGUUAGAAGACAAGUCAAACUUAUUGACAAACGGUCAAAUUCCCGAAAAGGCUGCCGAUUCUAAGCUAUCUGAUGAUGAUUCUUCCGACGAAGAGGCCGGCAGUACAAAUACCUACGGCCAACGCUGGAUUGUUCCUCGUUUUGACUCGCCUAUACCCCGGCUUAAGUCGGGAGUCCUAUUAAUGACGUUCCGCCCUUCAUAUGAAUCGCAGUCCAAACAUCUCACAAAUGGUGUCACAUCCAACAGCUCUCCUUCUCACAACCUCUCCAUCGGUGAUGAUAGAUUAGUGGUUUUGACCACCGAACAUCACAUCUCCGAAUUCAAUGUACUCGAGGGCAAACUUACAGGUUGGUCUCGAAGAAACCCUAAAUCAUAUCUACCAAAGGAUUUCACUAUCGUCAAGGACAGGGCUAUGGGAGCACUUUGGGAUAAAAAGGGGACCAGCGAACGUCUAUGGUUAUAUGGACCGAGCUGGCUUUGGAUGUUUGACUUAGCACAGGACUUCCCCGCCCCUGCGGAACCCGACAACGAAGAGAAAGCCGUUGCAGCAAUAAACAACGAUAGCACGACUGAGCCCUCCCCAUCAAAGAAGCGAAAGAGAGGAGAGACCAAGGAGAGCAAAACAAGACAGCCCAACUCCGGCGCUGGAGAUAGAGUGCCUUAUUGGCAGGAUAAUAUCGGCCUAGGAAGAAAGAUGCGCAAGGUGAUCGGGGACGAUGGAGAAACAGCUCAGUGGAUACCGAUUGACCUGAAGAAGCCUGCCGACCCAGCCCAGAUGGGUGACGAAGCAGCCGAUCACUAUGAGGAGCCUAGCAAAUCCAUCCUGGCCGAAUUUCGGCGGGAGCCACAGGGCGAUGGGUCGGGCUCGGAAGAGGAAAAUGGUGAGUGGCAGCAGCAGCAGCAGCUUGAUGAAGGAACGUCGGCCAUUAGGCCCCAAUCCUCCUCCAACUUGCCUAAUGCAUCCGAAGCGAACGACCAUGAUGUCGAAGGAACGACGGCGGACCUUCAAGUGCAGGAAGUACCCGGUUCAGAGUCGAAAGCAGAGUCUAGAACGAAACAUCGCCGCAGUCGUAACCCUCGCCGGUGGUGGCAUACGUUCAAAUAUCGUGAGAUACUCGGGAUCGUGCCGUUGGGUCAAGGAUUCACCGCUGGAGACGCGGCUGGGGCUUCAUGGGCCAAUGAGGGAAUGGGGGGAUUGGAGGUCGCAGUAGUGGAGCGGCCGAUGUGGGAUGUGGCGCUGCCUGGACGAUAUGUUAGAGACUACGAAUGAGUGGCAGGAGGUUUCACCCAUUUCCGGUGUCGACGGGUGUUUGUACCCAUAAUCCUUCCUUAUCUACCUCCAGAGGGCACUGCUAUCUUCGAAUCCUCGGAUCUUUUUGUUCCCGACUGGCUCUCAUUGCGCAUGGCGUUUCCUCGAUAGGCAAAAUGGGUCGGUUUGAGUGUUUCUUGGAUGUCGCGAAACUACAUGUAUCUAGACAUCUAUAUCUAGUUUUCCAAGAUCCGAAAUUUAAUGCAGCCUUUCUGAGCAUUGCUUGUUUCAACCUCGUGCCAAAACAUACAUAGGAUGAACAGUCCUAAAAAUUGUUCGCAUAUCACACAGGUUUUGCAAAUGAAAUUAAACAUUCCGCAGCACCCAUGCUUAAAAAGUGUAGCUACUCUCGCAGCCACCACCAAACUUACCGGCUUUGACAAAGUUCUAGAUAUUUCAGAUACCCCUUAUCGGCUAUCUCUCUCUCCCGUCCUCUCUCUCUCGUGGGGGUCAACGAACAGUAGGGAACUUGAAUGAUGAUCAGAAGCUCCAAGUCAAGCGUCCUGAGUUACCUGGCAAGCUAUCCCGACAAGUGAUAUAUAUCCGAUUAUUGUUGCCUGAUAUUGAUAUCCUCAGGGGCUGUCAUAUCGGCAAGCAUCGCUCUGCACUGAUAGUUGAGAAUGAAGAGGGCCGCUUUCUACCAUCUUCCCUCUGUUUUUAGGAUGAAGAUGUUUUCAGUGAAACAGCGAAGUCAAAAAGGUUAUCAGGGAUUUGGUCUUUAUGUGCUCUGUUAGGUACAUUUUUCAUGGAUGCGAAACUUAUGCUCCCAACAUGGCUGGCUACUUCAGACAAGGGA